CUCUCGCGCCCUCACCCGGCGAUAUCCCUCCCCUUUGUAACCGUCGACCCCGUUACACUUGAUAAAGAUGGGUGGAGGCGAUCUCAACAUGAAGAAGUCGUGGCACCCGCUCCUGCUGAAGAACCAGGAGCGGGUAUGGCUUGAGGAGAAGAAGGCGCUGGAGGAAAAGAAGAAGCUCGACCAGUUGCGUAAGGAGAAGGAGGAAGAGCGUCAACUGCAGGAGCUUCAGCGGCUUCAAGAGGAAAAGACGGGGAGAAAACGAACGGAGAAGCUAGAAUGGAUGUAUGCUACGCCGGCUACGGGGAGUAGUACCAACGCGAACGACCUGGAGGACUAUCUUCUUGGCAAAAAGCGGGUAGACAAGAUCUUGAUCGGGAGCGACAACGAGAAGAUUGGUGCUGCGCAUAAAAGCUUCAUCGCGACUCAGUACGCAAACACCGUUCGCGACACCGCCUCCAAGAUCCGCGAGGACCCGUUGCUGGCCAUCAAGCAACAAGAGCAGGCGGCAUAUGAACAGCUCAUGUCAAACCCCCUUCGGCUCCGCGAGAUGCAGGAGCGUAACGGCAUCAAAGUCAAGAAGGAGAAGAAGGAGAAGAAGGAGAAGAAACACAAGAAGGACAAACGUCGGGACAGAAGCGAGCGCGAUAGGCAACGUUCCGUUUCGCGUUCCCGCUCUAGGGAUCGAUACGAUGACCGGGAGUCGCAUUCGCGCUUCCGCCAAACACACAGUCCAUACGAGCGCCGUCGUUCGCCGUCUCCUUACUCCCGGUCACCCGUGCGUCGGCGCGAUUCGCCCCGUCGACGAAGUCGGAGCCAGGAACGCGACCGCAUACAUACCUAUCCAAAGUCCUCCGAUUCCUCAGACGAUAACCGUGGUCGGCAUCGCAGUCCCACCUUUGAACGCAGCAGAAGAACCUCUGACGCUGCCAACGAGCGCAAGCGCCGCAGAACUCCUGAUAUUCGUGGCUACGACCGCGACUCGCCCUACACUAAACGCCCCCGGGCAUCUCCACCGCCGCCUCAGAACGGGACUGCGGCUCCAUCUGCAGACGACCGUGCCGCGAAGCUCGCCGCGAUGUCUGUGAACGCUGACUCGAUGAACGCCGAACGCAAACAAAGGCUAACGGAGUUGCUAGAGAAAGAGAAAGCUGAGCUCGAAGCAGAGGAACGCGCACGCACGAAGAGUAAGGGGAUGGCUGGAUUUCUCAGCCAUGAGCAGAAAAAGGUAUUCAGUGGCGAGGGAGGGCUGGAGGAGCGGAUCAGACGUGGCCGCAGCGGUCUGGUGCGUGAAGGAGAGUAAGAAGAUCGUAGUAAAGACGACUGUAUAUUCAUUUCGAUGUCUAUUGUUUACGGACAUUUGGUUCUACGUUGUGUAAGCUAUGAAGCCCUCUCUGUAUAUUAGGUUUCUAGGUCGGCUGCCCAAUAAGAAGUCGGAAAGCUUGAGAC